UAAAUAAAUCAAACAAAUGGGAAAACUGAAAAACGCUGAAUGGAAAAAUCAGAGCAAUUUUUGGGCCUUAACCACAGAAAAGAUGUCCAGUCAAAGAUGCGCACAAUUAGCUUAAACUGACACAAGGAUGACGAGGGACAAGGACGAUGCCUAAAACCACAGCCAGAAUUUACAGAAUUAAGCAAAUGGAUAAUCAGAUGAAUAACCAAACAGCGAACGGAUAAAACGGAUAACGCGGACAAAACGCAACCAGCAAAAACUACGAAACAUUUUAACAACUUUAAUAGCUCGUACUCGUAACCGUACUCGUGCUCGUAAAUGUGGCACACAUCAGAUCAACAUUCAGCAUCUCACAUCCAACAUCAGAAAGGAGCCUUACAAAACACCAAAGCAACAUUUGUGCUGUGCUUAAAUUAUAGUCAACAAUCAAACAAAAAAUUAACUACAAAUUAAAGAAGAACGAACGAAUGAACGAUUGAUCGAUUAAACGAUUGUACGAUUGAACGAUUGAACGAUUGAACGAACGAACGAACAGCCAGACAUCAAUGCGCGUAAUUAUUAAAAUUAUAAAAUUAAUUAACAAAGAUAUAUACUAAAUAAUCAUUAUUCUUCCAAUUUCGAGUAAAUCGAAUCGAUAUUUAAAGUUAGUAGCAAAUUAAUUACCAAAACAUUAACUUAAAUAACAAGUUCGUUAAAGCCUUUGCGAUUCAAGUUAGGGCAUACAAAAAGAGAGAGAGAAAACAAAAACAAAAACAAAAACAAAAACAAAAACAGAGUUGUGAAUCUUAAAGAAAAAGAGAACCAAAGAAGAACAGAACCGUUGAACAGAACAAAACAGAACAGAACAAAACAGAACAUACAUAGAGAGUACAUAAUAAAUGGUACGCAAUUAGUAGGUUUUAAAUCCAGAGACAUUUUAAUCAAAACUUUUAAACGAGCUUCAAACACACUCCUCUCAAGACAUGCCCCACAGAAACCACACACGAGCCGAACAUUAUCCUUAACCUUAACCAGAGCCAGAGCCAGCCCACGGCUACGGUUACGGCUACUACAGGAGGGUUGUAAUAGAAACACAACACGAGGCAGGCCAGGCAGGCAAGGCAGCCCAAAGAACAAGAACAAUCAAAUUACACACACAAUCGGCCCGUGUGCCGACUGUGGCGCCGUUUGGCUCUGUGCCAGCGCCUAAAUUUAUACAAAUUUGGACCUCCAAGGCGCCCAGUGGCAUACAAGGACAGCGACGACCUUCGCGUGUGCAAGCGUCGGCGGUUGCACAAUAAAGGACGCCACUCACACACACACACAGACACCGACACAGACACACCCACGAACACACUUAGACACACACAGUAACACAUACCCUUAGACAUAUAUAGGAAACCCCUCCCCCCUCCACCGAGAGUAGACUUCAUAUGGGUGGCCGCCAUGACCGGAAGUGAGCUACGGUCACGUCCACUGGCCUUUGCAUAACAAUCAGCAGCAGCAGAAGCAGCAGAAGCAGCAGCAGCAGCAGCACUAGCAGCAGGAAGAGGAUCCAAAAGGGAGGGAGAGAAAAGCCAACCUUGAGGGAAAACUUUCACUCGCUGUGGCUGGCAAAAAUGCAGGAAAUGAGCUACCUGCAGGAUAAUUCCAAAGUGGAGGCCCUCACCAAAGCCGUGCUCAUCUCCAUACUGGGCGUGGCGAUAGUGCUCUCCAAUCUCCUCAUCAUUGCCACCUAUGCCAAUUUCAAGGGUCCCACAGAGGUUAUCAAUUACUAUCUGCUAUCCCUGGCCAUAGCCGAUCUGCUAUGCGGCCUCCUGGUUGUGCCGUUCUCCGUGUAUCCCGCCCUCACGGGCGAGUGGAUGUACGGGGACAUACUGUGCCGCUUCACGGGCUACCUGGAGGUGACCCUUUGGGCGGUGUCCGUAUACACAUUCAUGUGGAUAUCGGUGGAUCGCUAUCUGGCGGUGCGCAAGCCCCUGCGCUAUGAGACGGUGCAGACAAAAACGCGCUGCCAGUGCUGGAUGGUGUUCACCUGGAUAUCCGCUGGACUGCUGUGCUGCCCGCCCAUUCUGGGCUACACGAAGCCGAUUGAGAACAAUCUAUCGCACAUCUGCAUGCUGGACUGGGGCAACAUGGCGGCGUACAGUGCCACACUGGCGAUAUUAGUUUUAGGUCCCAGCCUCAUAUCGAUCGUACACAACUACGGCUAUAUCUUUGUAAUGAUGCGUAAAAUAAGAUCGGGCGAGCCAAUACACGAUAAAGAAUAUGCAACUGCUCUGGCUGAAAAUUUGUCAAACCCUAGUCAUAUGAUGUCAUUCGCAUUAGUCUUUGCAUUCUGGAUGUCCUGGCUGCCAUGGAUCUCAGUGAGGCUGUAUGAGGUGGUCACGGGCGACGUUAUCCAAAGUACUCUUAUCAAUUUCGCAGUCGUUUGGAUUGGCAUAUUGAAUUCAUUUUGGAAAAUUCUGAUCAUGACCAGUAUGUCGCCGCAAUUUCGUAUCGCUUUGAGAGUAUUUUGCUUAACCAUUUGUUGUAAGACUAAGGGCCGUUUGCAAGCUGAGCUAAUCGGGUUGGACCCAGAUGACUAGAGUUAGAUUUAGAUUUUCAUUACCUCAAAUCCCUAUGCCCCCGUUCAAAUAUCCCCCCAAAACAAAAAACAAAACCCCCACCCCGAAAUCCCUUUAAAGCAAACUUAAAAAUUCCCGCAAGUAAAAUUGGUUGUAAUUGCAUCUUGAGCCAUCUCUCUAUCUCUGUCUCUGUCCAAGUCUAUGUCUCUGAAAAAAAACAGAACAGUACAGAACUGAACAGAACAGAAAUACACACACUCUUUCCUUACUUGCUGUUUGCCAUAUAGUUGCAUAUUUACGAAGGCCCGUUUGGCAAUACGUGACAUAAUGAAAUGAAUGCCAACAGUCCACUUCACUCCACUCCACUCACUCAAACAACAGUCACAGUCACAGCCACAGUCACAGCACCACUCAGCCACUGAGCCACUGAGUCAAUCAGCCACUCAACCACCACACAGCCAUAGACACCACACAGCCAUAGACACCACACAGCCAUAGACAGCACACAGACAAAAGUUGAAAGACAUUUUCAUACCUACUCGUAUAUCCUAGUCGGUAAGCUAGACUAAGAGUUUUUAGCGGUAUCUAAUUAUGAUUGAUUAAUUGACUAAUGCAUUGAUUGAUUGAUUGACCGAUUAUUAUGUAUUGUGUAUUUAUGAGCUUAACACGUAUAUAUAUACAUAUAUAUACACCUACAUAUGCCUAA